AUGGCCCUCUACUGCGGGGACAACUUAGGCGUCUACUCGCAGCCCAGCCUUCCAUCUGCAGCAGCCACAGCCGUCCCCGGCGCACCCCCGGCCGGCCGGGCUCCCUACGGGCUGGCCGACUACACAGCACCGCCGGCCGCCGCCGCCAACCCCUACCUGUGGCUCAACGGACCCGGCGUGGGUAGCCCGGCCUCCGCCGCGGCUGCGGCGUACCUGGGCGCCCAGCCACCCCCGCCGCCGCCCCCCGGCGCCGCGGCCGGGCCCUUCCUGCAGUCGGCGGCCGCCAGCAGCUCCUUCGGCUGCGCUCAGCGGGCUUUCGCGCAACCCGCGCCCGCCGCUCCCGCCUCGCCCGCGGGGCCCACCGCACAGGGCGAACUGAGCUGGCUGUCCAUGGCAAGCCGCGAGGACCUGAUGAAGAUGGUGCGACCACCUUACUCCUACUCAGCGCUCAUCGCCAUGGCCAUCCAGAACGCGCCGGAGCGCAAGCUCACGCUCAGCCACAUCUACCAGUUCGUAGCCGACAGCUUCCCCUUCUAUCAGCGCAGCAAGGCCGGCUGGCAGAACUCCAUUCGCCACAACCUGUCUCUCAACGACUGCUUCAAGAAGGUGCCCCGUGACGAGGACGACCCAGGGAAAGGUAACUACUGGACGCUGGACCCAAACUGUGAGAAAAUGUUCGACAAUGGCAACUUCCGCCGGAAGCGAAAGCGCCGCUCGGAGGUCAGCAACAGCUCCACGGUGGCUGCCGGGGCGACCAAACCGGAAGACGGGCUCUCCUCAGCCUCAAGGGCUGGCGUGGCCGUGAAGCCCGAGGGGGACAGCCCCUCCAUGUUGAGGCCUUCGCAGUCCCCAGAGUCCCCUGAGAACACCAAGAGGACCACCUCGUCCCCCGGAGGGGCCGCACUCACCUCCACCCCUUGCCUCAGCACCUUCUUCAGCAGCCUCAGCACCCCAAGCAUCAGCGGCGGGAGCAGCGGGAACGCGUCGCGGGCCCUGUCGGCCGGUCACCCCCUGGGCCUCCCGGGCGCCCAGCUGCCCUCCAGCAUCCCCUUCCCUCCGAACCCCAUCUCGGAGGCCUCGCCAGACGCCCUGCAGCUGAGCACCCUCACCACCACCGGCGGCAGCAGUAGCAGCAAUGGCGCCAGCGGCCAGCGGCCUUCCUAUUACAGCCCGUUCCCAGCCAGCACCAGCGGAAGCCAAAGCAGCCCCUUCAGCAACCCGUUCUACAACUUCAGCAUGGUCAAUAGCCUCAUCUAUCCACGCGAGGGCUCUGAGGUGUAG